AUGGGUAACGACAAGAAGGUUGGCGCAUACUAUGCGCCAACGGGAGGCUUGCCGCCGCAGACGCAGCUCCUCACCGACCGCGCAAUGUUCACCGAGGCCUACGCCGUGAUUCCCAAGGGCACCUUCAGCGACAUUGUGACCAGUUUCCUCCCGUUCUGGGAGAAGACGCGAUUGUGGGUGAUUGCGCGUCCGCUGUCCGGCUUCGCAGAGACCUUCUCGCAGUAUAUCAUGGAAGUGCAGGCUGGCGGUGGGAGUGACCGAGCCGAGUUGGACGAGGGGGCCGAGGGCGUCAUCUUCGUGGUCGAGGGUGAAGUCACCAUCACAUUGGACGGUGCCUCACACACUCUCACCGAGGGUGGAUAUGCCUAUCUCCCCUGCAAGAGCGGCUGGACGCUACGAAACAACGGCUCGUCAACGGCCCGAUUCCACUGGGUGCGGAAAACGUACGAAGCGAUCGACGGGCUCGAGAAGCCUGACCCGCUCUUUUUGAAUGAAAAGGAUAUCAAACCUACCGAGAUGCCCGGGACGAAUGGAGCGUGGGCGACAACCCGGUUCGUGGACCCGUCUGAUAUGCGGCACGACAUGCAUUGCACCAUUGUGACUUUUGAGCCGGGCGGUGUCAUUCCUUUUGCCGAGACUCAUGUCAUGGAGCAUGGACUGUAUGUGUUGGAGGGUAAGGCCGUCUACCGGCUGAAUCAGGACUGGGUGGAGGUCGAGGCGGGUGAUUUCAUGUGGUUGCGUGCGUUUUGUCCGCAGGCCUGUUAUGCCGGUGGACCGGGCAAGUUCCGCUACUUACUCUAUAAGGAUGUGAAUCGCCAUAUGAAGCUGUCGCAUCAUUCUCGGCCCUAA